CCUGGGCCGCUAUAGACCUUUAGCGCCGGAGAAUUUCAUCAUACGGUCUACACGGCGCAUACAUCGACCUUUCGGUCCCCUGAACGCCACCGUCCCGAGUGUGUCACAGCGGCGUUCUUGUCGGGUUGAGGAUGGCUCAAGUUGCGCGUCCUCCGCGGCGCCUAAGAUGGCCGGACUCGCUGUGAACUCUUUGCAGACCCUCCUGGUAUGCCGUUACUGUCGGUGCUUGUUUCACUGUGACAACGGAUCGCGGACCUCGGUGAGAAACCAUCGAAAUCACCGGGUGUAUACAUCGCGCGGAGUGCGCCACUACGUCUCGUCUUCCUGCUUUUCUCCCUGCGUCCCUGCUUCAUGCUUCUUUCCAGGCACUUCACAGGGCAGGUCCGACUCAUGCACGGCCGCCGAUUUCAUGCUCACGUUUCAUGCUUCAAAGACCGACCUUACGACAGCCCGUACCCAUCUUCCUUCCAGGCACGUUUCGACCCACAGCAUUCGGCGCCUAUCUAGGGUCUGUACCCGUUGGUCUAUGCAAGGAGACCACUGUCUGCGGAAGCAGAGACCGGAAUCCGGUGCGACUGCGCCCUCCGUCACGAUUGCGACGGCGGCAGGCCUCGCUCAUCAAGUUGGCUAAGCUCAGGCUAAGCACGAAUAGCGAUUGAGGGGAGUGGGGAUAAUACACAACGAUUAUCUAUGCGCCUCAAUGGCCCGUGGG